AUGAUGAUUGUGAGAUUCAGAUCUAAGGAUGGCAUGCAAAGAGUUUCCUGCCAAGAAAGUGAUGCUUUUGGCAGUUUAAUUGAUAAGGUUAGUAAAAGUUUGAGCCCGAACGCUGAUAUUAGUACAAUUACCGUUGGAGACAAGCAAGGCCAGGCCAAUGAGCUCCUCGCAGGUAUUGCUAGUCGUACUGUUGCUGACUUAGGUUUGAAACAUGGAGACAUUGUGUUUAUUGAGUACCAGGAGAAACAAGGUGGUGGCAACGCCACUGAGAAGACGCAAGAGGCAAUUGCUAGUUCACAGUCAGUGAGAGUAGCUCCCAUUAGUGUUUCAGGGCCACUUCAAGUAAAGGAAUUACCAGUUGAUGAAGAAUUAGAGAAACAAGAAGGUUUGAUCCCUCGAAAGAGAUCUAGCCUAUGCAAACAUGGAGAUCGCGCAAUGUGUGAAUACUGCUCACCAUUACCACCUUGGGACAAGGAAUACCAUAAUGAACAUAAUAUCAAGCAUAUCUCUUUUCAUUCAUAUUUGAAGCAACUGAAUGAGCAUACAAAUAAGGCCAAUGGUAGUUCUUACAUUGCUCCCUUAUCUCAACCAAAUUUUAAGAUCGACAAGAAAUGUCACAAUGGCCAUGAACCAUGGCCUCGUGGUAUCUGUUCCAAGUGUCAACCUUCGGCUAUCACAUUACAACAACAGGAAUUCAGAAUGGUAGACCAUGUGGUUUUCCAGAAAAGUGAUUUGAUUAACGAGUUUAUAGAGGCUUGGAGAGACACAGGUACCCAGAGGUUUGGUUACAUGUACGGGAGUUACCAGACGUAUGAUGCUACCCCUCUGGGAACUAAAGCUGUCGUUGAAGCGAUUUACGAGCCACCACAACACGACGAACAGGAUGGGCUGACUAUGGAUAUGGAACAAGUAGAGAAAGAGAUGGAUCAUGUUGAUAACUUGGCUCAGCAAAUGGGAUUACAAAGAUUAGGGCUCAUCUUUACUGAUCUCACGGAUGCCGGUUUUGGUGAUGGAUCCGUGUUGUGCAAGAGACACAAGGAUUCUUUCUUCCUAUCAUCGUUAGAAAUCAUUAUGGCGGCUAAGCACCAAUCAAGACACCAAAACGUAUGCAAAUUCAGUGAACAAGGCGUAUUCUCGUCGAAAUUCGUGACUUGCGUGAUCUCGGGGAACUUAGAGACAGAGAUCGAUAUCUCGUCAUACCAGGUUUCGACGAGCGCCGAAGCACUAGUCGAAGCCGACAUGAUUAGUGGAUGUACCCACCCUUCCAUGGCCUAUAUCAACGAUACUACCACAGAGAGGUACGUUCCAGAAAUUUUUUACACCAAGAAGAAUGAAUACGGACUCACAGUCAAGGAAAACGCCAAACCAGCAUUCCCAGUCGACUAUCUUCUACUCUCACUCACCCAUGGUUUCCCUAAGGACAACUCCGAGACACCACCCAUCUUCCAUACCACAGCUGGGUUCCCCUGGGCCAACCGACAAGCUAUGGGAAGAUCCCAAGAUUAUUAUGAGCUAAAAAAGUACCUCUUUAACGUAGCAAACAGUGGUGAUUACAACGCCUUACGUGACAAGAUUUCUAACUUCCAACUACUCAUUUACGUCCACUCACUUGAAAUUUUAUCCCAACAAGAAUGGCAAUUACUCGCCCAGACGGCCUCCGCAGAACAAUCGGACCAGGCAGAACAAGCGCUACUACAAUUAGUCUCGUCUCCAGGCUGGCAGACCCUGAUGAUGAUCCUCCAAACGAGCUAA